UUCUGCGGCGCAACAUGAUCAUGGACAACCAGAAAACGACGAGCAAGACGACGCUUCUCAAGCUGAUGCUGAUGCGGGCCUGGAAGGAACGUUGGACCGACUGCCAGUGGGGAAUCAACGUAAAAACGGUUCUAACACGUGGUGUCAGCGGUGACGUCUACAAUUUGGCAGACUGCAUCCUACAGCAAGCAGUUGUUGGGUCCGGUGCCAAUACGCUCUUCCUGUCCUAUCUGAAGCAUUCCCUCUGCGCCCACCUGAUCUCACACGCGGCCGUCCUCAAACGGAUCUCCAAGUACGACCACUUCGAGAUGCACCACUGUCUAAUCGCGUUGCUCGAAUUCCUGGAGUCGAUCAUCGCCGGCGUAACGUGCCGCGGCAAACAGGAGGAGGCCCUACUGACCAAGGCGAUGCUCUCGCUCGUCUACUGGCUGAUGCAGAUCUACGAGCACGCGAUAGGCACGUUCGGCGAGAAUCGCUCGCUGACCAGCGAGCAGCAGGAGGUGGUUGAGAAAACGGCCAACGUGCUGGAGAAGAUCGUUCAGAGUCAGUUUCUGUUGGGGGUGGUUUACGUAGGCAAGCUCGAGGAUCCUGAGCUGUUUGCUAUGCUGACAAAGAAGUGUGUUGGGAUCGACAACUUGACGGCCAAUACGGGAUUCGUUCCUCCGGUGGUUAGCCAGAAGAAUGUGACGGUGAACGACUACAUUCGGAAGCUGGCAACUAUCGAGGCAGAUACCUUGGAGAUGAAGGAAUUCGACGGCAAGGGAGUGGAACCAAUCACGUACUGCUUGCAACCUUUGAUCGCCAUCGAUAUUUUGUUCAACCCGAACUGUGACAACCAAAUGUACGUGCUGGAGUUCCUUUCGAUGCAAGCGCUAAAGGGUUAUUCGUUGCCCAGGCUGUACUGCGAGAUCAUUCGCGCUUGUCUGACUUGCCUGAACAAUGUCAGCGGGUCGAGUAGGGAGUCGUACAUUUGUGCGUUCACGUUCAUCAAAGUGCCGCAGAUCAUCCGACAAAUGCAUCUCCAAUCUAGGGUACUCAAUCCGAACGAGUAUGAGGACGCAAAACUCGAUUAUUCGCCUGAGGUUGUCGACGCUUUCGAACUGCUCCUGCAGGAUUCGGCCAUUUUGGACGUUAUGGACGCUAAGUGCGCGGGAAAUACGGUAGAAUAUCUGCUCAAUGAAAUGCUUAAGCACCACUUGAUCAAUGAAAAAUACUCGAAGCUGAUUGCUUCCAAGCGAGAUGUGAUUACCAAUGGAUUGCAGAAGUUAGAUCUGAACACCAACCAGCACUCGAUCGUGAAGUUUGUGCUGCGAGCCGAACCGCCCUUGGUCGGUAUUUUGAAAACCCUCGGCUCCGAUUAUAACAAGGUGCAGGAGGGCUUGCUCGGUAUGCUUUGUCAAAUGCUGUCCGGCAACAGUUUAGAGUUGAUCCUGUCCGUUGCUACGGUUGAAGGAAAAUUGAAAACCUUCGUCUCGGGGCUGAUCAAGUGCAACGAAAAUUCCAAACAGGUCCCCGGUGAAAUGGGAAAACCUGCUCUCACUCGAGCUGCGCUGUUCGACGUAUCCUUCCUGAUGUUGGUCUUCAUCGUGCAGAGUUACGGUUCGGAGGUCGUCAUGUCCGACGGGUCGGAUUCGUUCUUCGAGAAAUGGGUUCGCGAGUGUAUGGUCGAGAAGCACAAGUCCAAGUCGCCGAUAGCCAUGAUCAAGCAGUGCGACCAGAAUAAGGUGGACGAGCUGAUAGUGAGUCUCAACUCCCCAGAUGGGUUGAAGGCGACGUCAUUGAAAUGGCAGGAAAUUUGCGCCAACAUUCCGGGGCUUCUCUAUCAGGUACUGCUGGCGUGGGAAAACGAUACUCUCUCCACGGUGGAGAUCAAAAAGUUCCUGGAUAGCUUGAAGUCGCGGUUUUGCUGUUUCUCGAUCUGUGCGGCUUCGUGGCUGUGUGCGUACAUGCAAAUCAUCCGGCAGGAUGAACUGCUGAAGCCAAUGAACAUGAUCCAGCAGUUUGUUACCAACGUUAGCUCCGAGGAGAUGAUGCAGCAGGAAAAUUUGAAGGAGAGGAUGGGACUGACAAUGCAAAUUAUCCGCAAGAUGCAAAUAGACUUUCAGCGAUUGCCUGUGACAAGUCCCAAGAUGAGGAAUCAGCUACAAUCGCAGAGUUUGGUCUCGCAGGUACCUCUGGAAGAGCAGUUUGACGAUGUGUGGAAGGGGGUGUUCGAGAAGGGCUGGGUACCGAUCGAUGCGGCACUGGUGCUGGAGAACUUGCUGCAAUCUUGUGGUCCGUUCUGGUUAGUGGAUAAAUUGGUUCAGCAAAUAUUCCAUUGCAAAUAUAUUAGGGAAAUGAACAAGACUAUGGACAUCGUAUUCGCAAUCAUGCAUUUGGAUAUUGAGCGAUGCACGAUAGCGCUGCUCUCUCAGUUGGUUCCAAUGAUGCUUCUCAACAAACUUCAGAUAUCGGAAAUUGUCGACCCAUUCUCGAGAGUUCUGGCCAAACUGUGCGUCUACUGCAUCGUGGCCACAAUGGAGGCUCCGGUAGCCCCCACCAAGAAACGCUCACGCGCUGCAAUCGCUGCCGAAGGCGACGAUCUGGACGCGCUCUGCUCCACCCCAAAAAUGCGCAAAAUCGGUUCCGAAUCGUGCGACUCCAGCUCCAGUGAUUUCAUGCUGGAACAGGUUUUGGCCGCACGGGAAAGUCCGGCCCAGCUCAAGGAACCCCUGCAGGGAUGCCUGCAGGCGCUCUUCCGGACCUUUUCGCAGUACAUCGUUUCGGAUGAGCUGUCGCCGAAGAUUUUCUUCAUGUUUCAGCUCCUGUCGUUGCUGGUCGAGGUGGGCAAGGAUCGCAUCAAGCCGGUACUGAAGCUGAUCCCGAAUGGGUUGAUCCAAAAUAUGAUGAAGAUAAAUGCCACGGAUGAUAUGACGGUGGGAUUCAUACUAAGGUUAUACGAUUUAAACACGACUGCUGGUAGACAGUUUGCAAUGUCGGAUCUCUGUCUGUUUCGAAACAUUCAAAUGCGGAAGGAUAGUAUUAAGCUAAUCAACUACUAUUAUUUUCUGGCUGGUGUUCCAUCAACCGAAUGGUAGUCAACCCGAUAAAAUGCUCUGUGAUUACGUUCUCCCGGAAAAAAGAACCAAUUAAUUUCGCUACUUG